CGACGGCGAGACUUCUGCUGCUGCAGCGGAGAGCUUUUGCCAGCCGAUAGAGAGAGAAAAAUCCGCACAGAGCCGCAGCGAUGCUGCGUCUUCUGGGAAGCCUUUGCAGAGAUAAUGCAAAAAAUUGUUUGAGAACAACUGCUCCAAAGGUUUUAUCAAACGAUGCUAAAAUAAGUGCAACAACUUCAAUUCUUCCACAGUUGCGCUGUCUGAGUAUUCUCAGUAAACAAACGCAGCUGUCAAGUUCAUUGAAUAAUGCAACUCAAAGUUGUGGCAUAUUAAGUACAUCUUUGGGUAAACUUUUGCUGCCUCAAGCACAGCCAUCCGCAGUACCAUGUCGCACAGUUACUAAGUUUUCUCUCAGAACUGCAAAAAGAAAAUCUGUAAAAACAGUUUUGAGAAGAUUUUAUAGACUCCAUUGGGGUAUAUGGAUUCAUACCAGAUCUGGUAGACAUAGACACUUGUGGAAGAAAAGGGCCAAACGCAAGAAGCGUCUGAGGACUCAUGUGUUUUGCAAUGCCACUCAGAGUAGACUACUAGAUAAAAUGGUCACAAUGUUUUGGAGAAGACCAAAGUACUACCCUGAUGAUAUCUAUAAUCCGUAUCAUACAAGAGAAGAGUUUUAUUUCACAAAUAGAAAACCUAAACCUCUUCCAGGGCAUUAUCCAGAUUAUUAAUAAAUUGUAAUGUAAAUGUAUAGAUUGUUAUUGGCUUAUUGUUAGAAAAU